AUGUAUCAAGAGCCAAACACUUCACAAGGAGAAACUCCAACAACUACCCCAAAAAGGUCAGUUAUGGUAACAGCAGACAAGAACGAUAUCGCCAAAGCUUUUGAUAAGGCACUUGACGAAAUAACAAAACAUAUUAAUGAAGGUGUAUCAGUAUCGACGCCUAUUGGAAAGCAGCCCCAAAACAACAAUUUGAAAAUUAGUCCUGCUGAUUCUGAUAAAUCAGCGUCAUCGGGUCAUUCUAGUCAAUCGAGCGGUCAUACCAGUUCCACUUCAAUCACUGAAGAAUCUAUUGAAAUUAAAGCCUCGGGAAAAUUCAGGAACGAUGGCAGACAUAUACCUUUUCUUAACGUUCACUUUAAAGAUUCUUUGAAGAAAUUGGAAACAGUAGAGGAGAAUCCCGAAGAAGGUUGCACAGCUCCAAGUUCACCAAUCGCCUCUCCAUUCGACAGGAUCAUGCCCGUUUCAUUGCCUCAAACCCAUUCGGUCUCUUCCCGACAAUCAUUUAUGUCUAAUUUAAUUAAGCCACCAACCGUUAAGGUGGUUUCCACGCAAGAAAAGGCCGCGCAUGACUACAUUAUUCCAAAAACUUCUUCGCGAACUAACUGCAUCGCGUGUAUCCAUGGGAAUGUUUUAUUGAAACCUUGUGGUCAUAGAAUGUGCGAAACAUGUGUUCACAUUUUACGUUCAAAUACGGUCAAAAGUUCUUUCAAAACUUAUUCUGAAUGUAUAUUAUGCAAGACGCCCGUUGCGGAAUUUGUUACAUUUGCCGGUAAAAAAGAGUGUCAGGGUGGUAAUAUUUCUCCAACAAAGACAAAUAUGAAUGUUCAAUUUAUGCAAAACAUUGCUGAAGAAGAUGUACUUCGUCCACUCUCCUGGGUUUUUCCCGGUAUGAAUCCAUUGGCUACAAGACCUGUUCAAACGAUGGCUUCUGUAACUAAUAGACCCCAACAGAUUCAAUUUGGGGAUCUCAGUAAAUUAGCUACUGCUUUCAAUUGGCCCGUUGUUAAGCUUACUAACAUUCCUUGGGACGUUUCAUUGAAGGAAAUAAAAACGUUCCUUUCGGCUUUCAAGUUACCUAAUGUAUCGUUGUAUGCACAAUGUAUUCAUAUAAUAAUGGAUAGAACAUCAGGAAAGACUCUUUCUGAAGCUUAUAUCGAAUUAGCAACACCCGCGGAGGCGCACCGUGCGGUCGAUACACGUAACAUGAAGCCAUUGAAAGGACGGCUUGUUUCAUGUAUGCGAUCAUCUCAGGAAGAUCUUAUGAGAGCGGUCUUUCCAAAAUGGAAAGGGGAAUUUUCUGGUUGCGACGCUGUCGUAACUUCAGAAAUGUUACAAUCAACACCGCACGUUCCAUUUAUCACGAGAGAGGAAAUGAAUUCUCUUUUAGUACUUCAUUUCUCUCGCAAAUGUGCGGAACGUCCAUUCGAAAAUAUCAUAAGCGUUCUUGUAAAGUUUCCGUUUCACCAAGGAAAUCUUUAUACAACCUUGCAACGCGAUCUUUUAUUCGAGAUGCUAAAGCUCGCCAUCGAGUCGCUUAAAAUUCAUUUAAGCAAGGAGUAUCACCGCAUUGACGAUACGUUAUUGGAACGAAUGAUGCGUGCUGGUAUUAUGACUCCAGUCUUUACUGAACGUCAAAAAUUAAUGAUACUUCAAGUGUCUGGCAUGACACUUCCUGCUGAUUUGCAAGAUCGAUUGACUCCUUUUAAGAAGGAAGAAACGGAACAACAAGGCUCUGAAAUUAUUAAUCAAGUCAAUCAGACUUCAGAUACCAACACAUCCACUGAGGGUGUUAAUCUUAUUCCUUCAAGUCUUUUCAACUCUCCUCCAGUGGAAUUCUCAGAGUAUAAAGGUAUAUUUGACCCUUUCCGAGAUGAUCAUGAAUUGAGGGCAAGUUUCCUUCAAAAUGAAUUAAAAUUGGCACAAGCUCAAGUCAGAAUUGCUGCUGCUGCCGCUACUUCGCGUCUUCCUCCACCCCAACCUUCACCAGUAAGGCCACAACUCGGUGCCUUUCGGGCAUUCGAUGUAUGGAAUCGGCUAAACGAGUAUCGAAAUAUGGAUAACAUAAACGCUAGUAACCAAAUUCAACAUUUACCUUCUCAACAACGAAAUGUUAUCGAUCGUCUGCAUACUGAUCAUAGAAAUAAUCCGUUCUUUGUUAAAGACUUUAAUUGCGAAGACUUUUAA